UUCACCCCCAUCUCUACUGUCCUCUCUCCUCCAGGUACAUACCAGGGCCAGUGGAUGGGCGGGAUGCGGCACGGUUAUGGCGUGCGCCAGAGUGUUCCCUACGGCAUGGCAACAGUGAUCCGCUCUCCGCUCCGUACCUCUCUAGCGUCCCUACGCUCCGAGCAGAGCAAUGGCACCGUGCUCCAGGACCUCUCAGGUGACACGCCCACCGGCGGCCGGGGCGGGUUCGUCCUCAACUUCCACUCGGACAGCGAAGUGGUCACCGGGAAGAAGAAGGGUCUUUUCCGCCGCGGCUCGCUGUUCGGGAGCCUCCGUCGGCUACACAAGUCCGAAUCGAAGUCGUCCAUCUCCAGCAAGAGGAGUUCGGCACGCAGUGACGCCGCUAUGAGCCGCAUCAGCUCCUCCGACGCAGACGCCAACUCCACCGUCUCCCUGGGCGACGGAGAGCUGCCGGAGGAGGACUUGGUAUUGGAGGAUCACGUGGAUGCCACCACCACCGAGACGUACAUGGGGGAGUGGAAGAACGACAAGCGCAACGGGUUCGGCGUCAGCGAACGUUCCAACGGGAUGAAGUACGAGGGGGAGUGGCUGAACAACAAGCGUCACGGUUACGGGUGCACCACCUUCCCCGAGGGGAACAAGGAAGAAGGGAAGUACAAGAAUAACCUGCUGGUUCGUGGAAUAAGGAAGCAGCUGAUCCCGCUAAAGAACCCCAAAACCAAAGAGAAGGUGGACCGGGCCGUGGAGGGGGCGCGGAGGGCAGGGGCCACCUCCAGGACGAAAGUGGAAAUAGCAGCUUCCAGGACGGCUCACGCCAGAAUGAAGGGAGAGGCAGCAGACCAGGCAGCUCUCUCUGCCGGACAGGAUUGUGACAUCUCUAGGGCUGUCGCUAGGGAGCUGUCCCCAAACUUCCACCAACCAGGUCCUGACUAUAUCAAGCAGGCGUUCAUGGAUCCAGUGAAGAUCCCCAAGGAUCCUCCCGAAGAGAAGGAGAAAGACAGCCCCACCAGCCCUGCCCAGACCCCCGGGCCCACCCCUCCCAGCACCGCCCAGACCCCCGGGCCCACCCCUCCCCCCUCGCCCCACAGCAAGAAGAGACCGCACAGCAACAGCGUCUCCACCUCCGCCUCCCGCAAGAUCAGCAAGGACGAAUCAUCACACAGUCGCAAGGUCAGCAAAGAGGAGAAGCCGGUCCGUAAGAGCAGCAAGGAGGAGCGGCUGAGCAGGAAGUUGAGUAAAGAGGAGAGGGUGUCCAUCGCUGCCGAGCCGCCCACAGCUGCUGCUCCCUCUUCCCAUGUAAUACACCAGGCUUCAGCCAGACCCCCCAAGGCCCCGGAGCCCGGCCCCACCAACGUACCACCUCCCCAGGCUGCUGCUCUGCAGACGGGUCCUGUUAAUGAAAUGGGACAACUCCACUCCCAGUACCAUAGCUACUACGUGAAAGCCCCCUCCAGGGGACCCCUGCCCCCGGAACCUGAGCCUGAGGAGGACGAGGAGCCCAGUCAACUGACCCUGGCACGGAUGGCCCCGCCACCCCCCAAGUCGUUCCGGAAUUUCACCCUCAAGCCGACGCCCACAGGUGAGCAGAGCAAACUCAGGAAGCAGGAUUCGCUGAAACCAAAGAGCCUGGCAGAGACCAAGAAGGCCAGUAUGGAGAUGGCUGACGGGCAGGGUGAAGAGAAUGCUCCUAACUCUAUCCUGGUUGCUAUGGUGAUGCUGUUGAAUAUCGGCCUAGCCAUCAUAUUUGUCCACUUCCUGACAUGAUGGUCCUGUGUCUCAGUGAUGCCGUGGCAACUGGUGCAGCGUCUCCAGCCUUUUAAAAAUCAAAAUGGUGUCAGUCAGAAUCGGAAGCGGCCACAGGAGCAUGGAAAUGCAGCUUUGUGACACAGGAGAGAAACAUGAGAGGCAGGAGAGAAGGACCCGCAGGCUGUCCAGGGCCGUCCACAGACCUGCCUGAUCAUAAUACUCUCCUAUGGGUUCUGUUAAAGAACAAAAUGAUAUGUCUGAGGGAGAUAGGAAAAACAAUACAACAGAAAACGUCAACACACACACACACACACACACACACACACACACACACACACACACACACACACAC